CUGCUGAAUGAUAGAUCUAUCUUAUGCUUCGUCUAUGGUAGUUUAAGUAUCGAGUACAAAAGUAGUAUACAAAAGUAGUAUUCGUGAGUGAUUUAUAUCAAAAUACAAUAAUUAUUAUUAUAAAUCAUUAACAAUGCGUAAUAUCGAAAUAAAAGCAAAAAUUGAUGAUCCAGACCUUAAGAUUUUUCGAGUUAUACAAUUAACAAAGCAGAACGGUAUCAUGAAAGUCAUGAAACAACAUGAUACUUUUUUUAAAGUCAGGGAAGGAAGAUUAAAAUUACGAAAAUUCCAAGAUGACUCAGGAGAAUUAAUUUACUACAAAAGAUCUACUAAGUUUGGUCCAAAGCUUUGCGAUUAUGAAAAAGUAACCCUAAACAAAUCUGCUUGUAGUCGUGUCGCAAAUAUUUUAAGUGCAUCAAAUGGUUGUCUAGGCAUUGUAAAAAAGACUAGAAAAUUGUAUAUGAUUGGUCAAACUCGUGUACAUAUUGAUGAUGUUGAAGGUUUAGGAACUUUUUUGGAAUUAGAGGUAGUCUUGACUGAUGAACAGGAUAUAGAAACUGGUGAGAAGAUUGCUCAGGACUUAAUGUCUAAAUUAGGUAUAAAACAUGAAGAUUUGAUAGCAAAUGCCUAUAUAGAUCUACUACUUAAUGAAUCUAUUACUGAAUCUCCUAAUGAAUCUACUAAUGAAUUCAAACAAUUGUAAUAAAAUUAUAUUUUUUACACAUUAAUGUUAUUGUUAUAUUUUGUAUGAUUAUUAAAAAGAUGUAUAACACAAACAAAAUUUAAUUUUCAUUUUAAGAAAUAAAGAUGUUACAUUUG